GACUCUUGAAAAACGAAAUGUGUACAUAAAUUGGGACAGAGGGAGUACUUCGUACUUAACCAGGACCGGGUUCGAGUCCCCCAAGUACAAAGUUCUUUUAUUAGAAAGAUGUGUACACUAUGUAAGACUUCCUGACACGAAUUUAGAUUUAGUCAGGUCCCAAUGCGGAUACCAGAUAACGCAUGGAAAACCCUAAGGCAAUAAAGAUACUACAAUAAGGUCUUUUAAGUUGUAAACAUGUAAUGACUUUUAGUUUUUGGUCAAUAACAAAGUUAUAAGUCUUCUAAUAAGGAAGAUGAUAAGAAGUUUACCAUAAAAGACUAUGAAUUGUGAAAAAUGUUAAAGUCUUGCUCUUUAUUAUGUGUGUUUCUUGUUGUUGUUGUUGUUGUUGUUGUAGUCUUUAGCAAUAUUUUUCGACAAUGUCUCAUGCUUCUUCUUCAAAAGUUUGCAAAUAUGGUGUUUUUUUGAGUUUUAGAGGUAUAGAUACACGUAGAAACUUUGUGAGCCAUCUCUAUAAUGCUUUAGAACAAAGAGGAAUUGAUGUUUUUAAAGACGAUGAGCGGUUGGAAACGGGAAAAUCAAUUCCUAAUGAACUAAUGAAAGCCAUAGAAGAGUCUAGAUUUGCUAUUGUAAUAUUUUCCGAAAGCUAUGCAUCAUCAAGAUGGUGUUUGGAGGAGCUUGCACAUAUUAUAAAGUGUCGAAAUGAAUUAGAUCAGAUAGUGAUUCCAAUUUUUUAUGAUGUUAGUCCAUCUGAUGUAAGCCAUCAAAACUCACCAUUCGCUGAGUCGUUUUCAAAAUACAAAGAUGAUGAGUUGGAGAAGGUUCAAAGAUGGAGAGAAGCUUGUAAGGAAGCUGGGAAAAUAUCAGGUUACCAUUUACAAGAAUGCAAGGAUGAGGCAAAUUGCAUCAAGAAGGUUGUUGAUCACAUAUUACCAAACAUUAUUUCAACCGUUUCGGAAAGCUUAGUGGGUACUCAAAUUGAAAAAGUAAUCUCAUUAUUACAUAUGAAAUCUGAUGAUGUUUACUUCGUUGGAUUAUGGGGAAUGAGUGGUAUUGGUAAGACAGAAAUCGCGAGUGUUAUAUAUGAGAGAUACCGUCAUCAAUUUGAAGCUUAUUGUUUUCUUGGUGAUGUUGGAGAAAUGUACCGGAAAAAGGGACUUAGAUGGCUACAGAAAACUCUUAUCUGCAAACUAUUUGGAAAAAAGAUGAUUGUAACUAGUGAGCAUGAUGGAACCACAAUUAUAAAGAAUGGGCUUCGGUGGAAGAAAGUUUUACUCGUUCUUGACAACAUAGACCAUCUAAGUCAACUAGAGCUUAUAGUUGGAGGGACAGAGUGGUUUGGCAGGGGUAGUAGAAUUUUGAUUACCACGAGAGACAAACACCUGAUAGUCAGUCAUGUGAAGGAGGAUAAAGUAUACGAAGUCUUACUAUUAUCUGAGAACGAAGCUCUUGAACUGUUUUGCAUGCAUGCUUUCAAAAGAAAAUCUCCGGAGAGAGAUUUUAAGGUACUUUCAAAUGAAGUAGUGAAGUAUGCUGAUGGACUCCCUUUAGCUCUUAAAGUUUUGGGUUCUUCUCUUUAUGGACGAAACAAAGAGCAAUGUAGAGAUAUAAUUGAUAGAUUGAAAAGAAUCCCUAAUGAUGACAUUCUAGGAAAACUUAAGAUUGGUCUAGAUGGGUUGAAUAACGAUGAGAUGAGAACAUUCCUUGAUAUAGCAUGCUUGUACAAUCAUGAAUAUAGCUAUUACGUUGAACGAAUACUUAAGAGUUGUGGUAUUCACUUGAUAGGAAUAAGCUACCUCAUCGAAAAAUCUCUCUUAUGCAUCAGAUAUCACUCGUUUGAGAUGCAUAGUUUGAUAAGUCAAACGGGUCAAAAUGUGUCGAGGGAAGAAUAUGCAAACAGCAGAGUAUGGCUUAUUGAGGAAGUUCAUGACCUUUUUGCUGGAAAGUUGAAAACAAAAAAGGUUGAAAGCCUACGGAUCCCAAAUGGUUACCGGUUUGAUGAUGAUCAUAUCAAUUAUAACAAGGUAUUCAAGAGAAUGCAAUGCUUACAGGUGUUGAUACUUCAUCGUAGAACUAUUUGCUCGGAAAGCACUGUCACUUGUUUGCCUUCUAACCUGCGGUGGAUUGAAUGGCCGAACUAUCCUUCAAGUUCAUUGCCAGAGGGGUUUGAACCAUCACAACUCGUUGGGCUUUGUUUACGUGGAAGUUGGCUUGUUGAACUUUGGCCAAUACCAAAGAAACUGUGCAACUUGAAGUAUUUGAAUCUAAGCGAGAGCCUUGGGCUAACGAAGACCCCUAAUUUUGGUGAUAUGCCAAACUUGGAGACACUAAGUUUACGGAGGUGUGAGAAUUUGGAAGUGGUUCAUCCCUAUCUUGGACAUUGCAAAAUGCUUACUUAUUUGAGUUUGACGGGUUGUGUCAAACUUAAGAAGCUUCCAAAAUUUGUCUGCAUGGAAUCUCUCGAGAUUCUUCUCCUUGAUGAAUGCACGAGCUUAAAAAGAUUUCCAAAAAUCUGUGGAGAUAUGCGGCGCUUAUCAAUACUGUAUGUAGAAUCCCCCUGGAUAAGAAGCUUACCCCCGUCUCUCAGCGGCCUUAGUCGUUUGAAACUGAAAGGUUGUGAAGUUCUUGAAAGUAUUCCAGACUCUAUUCUAAAUCUUGAAAGACUUCACAUUUCAGGUUGCAAUAAACUUACAACUUUGCCAAACAGCCUCUUUGAAUCACAACAAUGGAUAUUUCUUUAUAUAUACCGAUGUUCUGGAUUGGUAGAGCUCCCCGUAUCUCUUGGAGUUCAAAAGAAACUUGGUUUUUUAUCCGUAGAAGAAUGUGAGAACUUAACGAAGCUUCCAAGCUCUAUUCAGAUGGAAUCCCUUACAGAGCUCAAGAUAUCUAAUUGCCCAAAAUUAACUACAUUUCCAGAAAUAAUCGGAGAUAUGCAUUGCUUGAAAAGUUUGACUCUGGAGUCUACUGGGAUUAGAGAACUGCCUUUGUCCAUUGGGAAUCUGAGUGGCCUCGAAUAUCUCAAUCUGAAAGGUUGUGAAGAUCUUGUAAGUCUAUCAAACAGCCUCUGUAAGUUGAAGAAUCUUCAACGGCUUAUUCUUCGUGGCUGCAAAAAGCUUCCAGGAAACGUUGGUGAUCUGCAAGAGUUUGAGACACUUGAAGAGCCUCGGAGAUCUAGUAAAUAAGUGUCUUAAGCUGCGUAUCUUGUCAAUAUCAUGGCGUGGUCAUGAGAAAUCCGAAUGCCAAACUGUCUCAAGUGAACAAGUUAAUGUGUUGAAGUUGCUACGACAUUUUCUCCAGACAUGCAUCCAGUGUGACUUCCGCCAAAGGAUUUCUUUUCUCAUUUGUUUUCCUGAAGUCAGAAUUCCAGAGUUGUUCGAUUAUCAGUUCAUAAAUCAAAAAGUGAUCUCAAUUGAUCUGAAACCAUCUUGGUAUACCGAUAAGUUCAUGGGGUUUUCACUGUGUUAUUGUCCUGUACUUGAAGCAAAUGUGAGUUUAAUAGCUACGUUGGUCUGAAAAUCGGACCCUGAAAGAAAACAUUCCUUGAAGUAUGUCAUCCGUGAAUAUUGUCCUAAGCUUCCUUCUUCCAUGUACUUCAUCUACAUACCAUUUGAAACAUUGUGGCGCGCAUUUGACAAUAAAGAAGGGAAGAACCCAAAUGAUUAUUACCUUUUGAAGGUAUCUUCAUUUUACAGGGAACUAUGUUGGGGAAUUCGAUUGGAGUAUGAGAAUAAAGUUGGGAGAUCGAUCAAGAAGGAUUUCACGAGUUAUGUAAAGUCUUUCUGGUAAAGCAAAAGUGUACUGAAAACUAAGUUUUCAUACGAAUUUCCCAAAUGAUUCGUAGGUGGGAAAACCCUUUGUUUCCAAGUAGUGUUGUGCAACAAUUUUUCGACUAUCUCUGUUUCAUGUUGAAUAUACAUUUAGUUCUUAGUGUAAGUGUAACAUCAUGGUUUCAAGGGGAAUGUUGUAAUAUAUUUUGAUUGACAUUUGAGUUUCUUGUAAAUAAUACAUUAUGUAUUUGUUGAGACAUAAGUUUCAUAUAUGUUUUUGAGUUACAUUA